ACACCAUUUCCAAAUUAGUUUUCUUUCAUGACCUAUCUAGCUCCAUCUUUCUUUCCUCUCCUUCGGUUUUCGUGUGUUUCCUUUGCCCCCAAGGAAACCCGGAACCAACCCUGGGUUUCUCUUUGGAUAAUCUCUUCUACAUUUUCACAAAAUUUCAUUUCUGAGCUUAAAAGUAUCAAUCAUGGCGCCCAAUCUGCAGGCGGUAAUACUUUUCUUCAUUGCAUGUUUUGGAAUCUUCACCUGCGUUGUUCUUGCAAAAACCGAUAGCCAAGAUGUAUCGGCUCUUAAUGACGCUUAUAAGAGCAUGAACUCUCCAUCAAAACUCAAAGGCUGGUCUUCGAACGGAGGUGAUCCUUGUGGUGAUUCAUGGGAUGGCAUUACUUGCAAGGGCUCUUCGGUUACUGAAAUAAAAGUAUCUGGACGUGGACUCAGUGGAUCAUUAGGUUAUCAGCUAGCAAACUUGAAGAAACUAACUUACCUUGAUGUAAGCAAGAACAAUCUUAACGGAAACUUACCCUACCAGCUUCCUGAGAAGCUUUCCUAUCUAGAUGGCUCUGAGAAUGACUUCAAUGGUAACGUGCCAUACUCGGUGUCUCUCAUGAACGACCUCAGUUACCUAAACCUUGGUCGAAACAACCUCAAUGGUGAAUUGAGCGACAUGUUUCAAAAGCUUCCAAAACUUGAAACAAUUGAUCUGUCUUCCAAUCAACUCACUGGAAAACUACCGCAGAGUUUUGCCAAUUUAACAGGCCUUAAAACACUGCACUUGCAAGACAACCAAUUCAAAGGCUCUAUAAAUGCUCUCAGGGACCUCCCUCAGAUUGAUGAUGUAAACGUAGCAAACAAUCAGUUUACUGGUUGGAUCCCAAACGAGCUAAAGAACAUUGGAAAUCUUGAAACUGGAGGAAACAAGUGGUCAAACGGUAGAGCUCCCUCACCACCUCCUGGAACCCGUCACAUAGACAGAAACUCCGGAGGCGGUGCUGGAAGCAGCAAGGCUUUGACCACUGGAGUUAUAAUAGCAGUAUCUUGUAUAGGCGGACUCAUUUUCUUUGCAGGAGUGAUUGCAUUGUUUUCUCGAAGAAAGAACUCUCAUCAUUCUUCUCACUUUUUCGACGAAGAGAAGGGAGGAGGAACCAACCGAAGCAAGCCACUCUUCACACCACAAUCCUCUCAGAUGCUUCAAUUCGAUAAUAUGGAUGAUUUUAGAGGCCAGAAGACGGUUGAUUCUAAUACUUCACUUGAGACAAAGCCUUCCGUUAAAAGAACUUCUUCUGUCAGUUUCAAGAAUUCUCCUACCUUUCAUCUCAUACCUUCAAACCAAGUGGUUGCAUCUCCUGAUCGUUUCUCCAACCAUGAAGAAUCCCCUGACACACGGGGUGUGAAAGCGUUUGCGCUAACGGAUUUGCAGAAUUCUGCAUCUGGUUUCUCGCCGAAUCGCCUUAUUGGUGAAGGAACCAUUGGACGUGUCUACAAAGCUAAAUAUCAGGAUGGAAGGAAAUAUGCAGUCAAAGAGAUUGAUUCUUCGCUGUUAGGAAAAGGAAAUCCCGAAGAGUUUUCACACAUAGUGUCGAAUAUCUCGAGUAUUCGCCACCCAAAUAUGGCAGAACUCGUGGGUUAUUGUUCAGAACAAGGACGGAAUAUGCUUGUUUAUACGUAUUUCACAAGUGGAUCACUUCACAGAUUUCUUCACCUGUCUGAUGAUUUCAGCAAACCAUUAACUUGGAACACCAGAAUCCGAAUCGCUCUCGGAACUGCUCAGGCUAUAGAGUACCUUCAUGAAGCAUGUUCACCUCCGCUAGUUCACAAGAACAUUAAGUCAUCGAACAUUUUACUAGACAAUGAGCUCAAUCCCCACCUCUCAGACUAUGGCUUGGCAAACUUUCACCACCGCACAAGUCAGAAUCUUGGAGUUGGAUACAAUGCUCCAGAAUGUGCAGAUCCCUCGGCUUACACACAAAAGAGCGAUGUUUACAGCUUUGGUGUGGUGAUGCUGGAGCUGCUAACUGGUCGAACGCCUUAUGACAGUGAUAGGCCAAAACCAGAACAGUCUUUAGUUCGUUGGGCAAAGCCGCAACUUAAAGACAUGAAUAGUCUGGAGGAAAUGGUAGAUCCCGCGUUGUGUGGACUCUACGCUCCAGAAUCUGUAUCAACAUUUGCAGACAUAGUUUCAAUCUGCGUAAUGACGGAGCCUGGGCUUCGGCCUCCAGUUUCAAAUGUGGUGGAGGCACUGAAGAGGCUUGUGUAGAAUACUGCCUCAAGUUAUUUUUAUGCGCUGAAGGUAUGAAGGAAGAAGAAUAACUCUUUUGGAGACUGAGACUAAAACCUGAGUAACUUCUGAUCCAACUCGAGUAGGAAACUCAAAAGCUAUUGGAUUCAGGUUUGUAUAGAAGAGAUAGGUGGUAAAAAUGGUGGAGGCAAAGAAAGACAAGGAUUCUCUAUUAUUUGGGGUUUUGUUUCAGAUCAUGUCUUAACAGUUAGAUUAAUCUUUUAAUCAUUGAGAAAAGGGGAAAAAAUUAGUAGUGUUAUAGAAAUAUACAUAGAUAUAAAACAUGCUUUCUUA